CACGAACACACUUCCAGCAACUUGCGUACACUGCCAAUAUCACAAUGGCCCCUGUUUCUCUCCAACAGUCAUCACAUCUUUUCCUCUCGCCAACCCGCGCGUCUGAUAUCUCGAUAUGGACAAUGUCGGUACCGAAACGGAAUGCAACGUCCUCGGUCGAAUCUAGCGCCGAGGCUCGGUCCCGCGAAGCUGCCAUUGAAGCGUAUUGCCAGAUGAAAGCCGCCCUCUUCUCGCGAUCAACAAACUCGAAUCCUUCGCGGCCAACAUGAGAGUCUGGUAUUUCGCACGGGCAAAAGGAGAGAAAAAACGCAUCCUUGUGGCACACUGCUGCAAAUACGAGUCAUGAAAGCACAAACUACUGAAACGAACUGCCACGAACAAUGUCAUGACGGGGCUGCUUUUGACGGAAAUGGACCUCAGCUGGGCUUUUAGGCCUUCCUGGAAAGAUAGCCUAACGGUCUGGAGCGCGUUUCUGGAACGCUUGCUAGCGACGGACUA